AUGAGAAAAUGGGUGCAAUGUCUGGGCUACUCUAUUAGCGAUCUCGACCGACUCAAUAUUGUUCAUGUCGGUGGCACGAAAGGCAAAGGUACGGCUUGUGCCUAUGUCAACUCCAUUCUUCAAAAGUAUCGCCAAUCGUGUGGGGUGCCGCGAAAAAUAGGACUUUACACCUCUCCUCAUCUAAUAACUGUGCGUGAGAGGAUACAAAUCAACUCUGAGCCCAUAUCUGAGGAAAAGUUCGCAAAGUACUUUUUUGAAACCUGGGACGCUCUUGAAACGUCAGGCCACAAUGACGGUCUCGAUCCAGUGCCCAAACCGCCGUAUUUCCGAUUUCUAACGUUAAUGUCAUUCCAUGUUUUCUUAAGCGAGGGAGUUGACACUGCUAUAUACGAAGUCGGAGUGGGUGGUGAAUUCGAUUCGACCAAUAUUAUCGAGAAGCCUGUUGCUACUGGUAUCACCACGCUCGGCAUUGACCAUGUGGCUGUGCUAGGUGAUACGAUCGAAGAAAUAGCGUGGCACAAAGCGGGGAUAUUUAAAAGAGGAUGUCCAGCGUAUACAGUACCGCAGCUGCCUCAUGCGAUGGAGGUAUUGAAGAAAAGAGCAAUAGAAAAGGGGGUUAACCUCAACAUGGUUCGAAACUUUUCUGUGCUCGACAAUAUUAACAUCAAACCAGCAGAACAUUUCCAAAAGAAGAAUGCUUCUCUAGCAAUCAUAUUAGCAAGCAUUGUGUUGAAAAAGCUUGGGAUUGCCACAAACUGCAUACCUGACACACUUCCCGACCAAUUUAUUCAAGGUCUGGAAAAUUUGGUGUGGAGAGGAAGAUGCGAAACUCUCACAAACAGGCAACAAUCCUGGUAUCUUGAUGGUGCACAUACAAAGGAGAGUCUUGAACUAGCCUGCUCCUGGUUUGGACGGGUUUCUCAGGCAAGGGAAUUACCUUGUGUGCUUAUUUUCAAUCAACAGUCAUCAAGAGACGCUGUCUCACUUCUUAAAACUGUUCAUCGUAUUUUAUACAAUGAAUUUUCUGUGACAUUCCAGUAUGCUUUGUUUUGCACCAAUAUCACACACAAAGGCCGGUCCUACAAUAUUGAGUUUGUCAACAAAAACGUUGAUCCGGAUACACUUCAAACACUCACUCUACAGAAACAAUUAGCAACUACUUGGCAAGGUCUGGAUCCCUGCACUGAAGUAGCCAGUUUGCCCUCAAUUGAAGAUGCCAUUGAUUAUGUGAGAAGUAUCAGUGGAAGAAAUUGUGCUGAACAAGAAGCCCUGAUUUUUGUGACGGGAAGUUUCCAUCUGGUUGGUGGCGUGUUAUCCAUACUUGAAAGACAGUAAAACACUUCCACAAGUGAGAUAUAAUAGUGGGGGAGGGCCGAGGCAGAAGGAGAUCAAAGAGCCCGGUCCGUUCAACAUGCUUGUAAAAAUUCUUAGAUAAUGCAUUUAGGAUGUAACUAACUAACCAAUAUCACAUCAGU